GGGCCCGCCCGCCCCGCUGUGGCGCGCACCAUGGUGGGGCUGUUGACGCUGCUGGGCCAGGCCCGCCGGGUGGGCGUUCGGGUCCGGCCUCGUGCCGCCGGGCUCCUGGGUGCUGCCACCCACUGCGCCCCGCCGCCCCUGGCCCUGGCCCUGGCCCGACCUGGUCCAGACAUCCGAUUGCUCCGCACGGCUCCCGGCGAGGGCGCGGGCCGCCAGGAGCCCAGCAAAAUCACCGCAACCCCAGGCAGGGAGUCCCACGGCACGGAGGAGAAAAAGCAAAGCAAGUCCCAGCAGCUGAAGAAGGUUUUCCAAGAAUAUGGGGCUGUUGGCGUGUCACUACACAUCGGAAUCUCCUUGGUCUCCUUGGGCAUAUUUUACACGGUUGUUUCCAGUGGUGUAGACAUGUCUGCCAUCCUGCUGAAGCUUGGAUUUAAAGAGUCACUGGUACAGUCCAAGAUGGCGGCAGGCACAAGCACCUUCGUGGUCGCCUACGCCAUCCACAAGCUGUUUGCCCCUGUGCGGAUCAGCAUUACCCUCUUCUCCGUGCCCUUCAUUGUCAGAUAUUUUCGAAAAGUGGGACUUUUCAAACCUCCAGCUGCAAAACCGUGACACACCAACUGCGGGGACCUCUUCCUUCUCAAUCAGGAAAGUUGAUUUGGGGGUUGUAGAGGUUGGGGGGUGGGGGGGGCAGGGAGUUGCUGUGUUCGUGUGGGUGUUUACUUUUGCUGGCAAAAAUCAAGCUUUUGAAUGA